AUGGGAAUGUGGAUCUACGAACCGAAGCCUUUGAGGCAUGUACCGGGCACUACUCAAUUAUACGAGGGCGAAAGGUCCGAAGAGUCGCCAAAUCAGAGAAUCAAUCUGAAGCGUGCAACUGGGAAAGAUAGCAACAUGUUACUUGUUCCCCAACCUUCAGACUCGCCCAACGACCCGCUGAACUGGCCCCUGUGGAAACGUGAUCUCACGCUAGUGAUUCUAUGUCUCGCCGCAGCGGUUGCCGGAGUCCUUGGUCCCGCCGUAGCCCCCAUCAAUGCGGUUUUGGUCAAAGAAUUCAACACAACCUACCACGUCGUGGCCAGAUUCGCCGGCUGGCAGUUUUGGCCGGCCGCUGUUGCUGGACUCGUCGGUUCUGCCUUUGCCCGGGUUUGGGGGAAGCGGCCGGUCUACCUGUUUUCCAUCAUUCUUCUGUUCAUUGGCGGGAUCUGGAAUGCGCUCGCGACGAGUGCGGAUAGCUUCUUGGGCGCAAGGGUGCUUCAGGGUCUGGGGCUUGGGGCGUUUGAAACAAUUGUUCCUUCGUCGAUUGGGGAUAUGUAUUUUGUCCACCAAAGAGGCAAGAGAAUUGCCUUCUACAACUUGAGCUUUCUGGGAAGCACCUACUUCAUGCCCGUCCUCGGCGGCUACAUCUCCAUGCACCACGGCUGGCGCGCGCAAUUCCAGAUCAUCAGCGCCUUCCUGGGCCCCAUCGUGCUCCUGAUCUUCUUCCUGGUGCCGGAGCACGCAUACAACAGGCCGGCCAUCUUCAACACCGACUACGCCUCCGAGGACAACCUGAGCGACCUGGACGAGCAUCUUGGCCAGGCCAAUGCUGCCGCAGUUCCUGAUGCCGCGGCGAAGGAGGCCAAUACUGAUGCUUCGGAGGCACCUGUGGAGCCAGUGUCUCCCGGGAAUGGCGCAGAGGUGAAGAAGACGUUCUUGCAGGAAUUGAAGCUGUACAAUGGCAGAUUCUCGGACGAGAACUUCUUCAAGCUCCUACUCGCCCCGCUGGCCCUCUUCCUCUACCCCGCCACCAUCUGGGGCUUCCUCUUCCAAGGCUCCUUCAUAACCUGGGGCAUUGCCGUCUCCGUCGUCCUCGCCCAAAUGUUCGCCGGCCCGCCCACAAACUUCACCCCGGAGCAACUCGGCUACAUGUACGCCGCCCCCUUCCUCGGCGCCGUCAUCGCCUACUUCACCGGCAGCCUGCUCAGCGACCACCUCGCCAAAGCGCUCGCCCGGCGCAACAACAACGUCUACGAGCCCGAGUUCCGCGUGCUCCUCGUGAUCCCCGUCGCGCUCUUCGGCCUGCCGGGCCUCUACGCCUACGGCCACGUCGCCGAGAUGCACCUGCACUGGAUCGUACCCUCGGUGCUGUAUGGCUUCCUCACGUUCGCCGUGGUCAUGAGCUGCACCGCCACGUUUGCGUAUAUACUGGAUGCGCAUCGGGAUGUGAGUGUGGAGAUGCUGGUGUCGGUGUUGCUGCUGAAGAACUUUUUUGCGUUUGGGGCGACGUAUUUUUUGGUGGGGUGGGUUUAUGCGGAUGGUCCGGCGAGGGUGUUUGACAUCAUGGGAGCGAUCCAGACGGCCAUCUGCUUCUUGUCCAUCUUUAUAUACUUCUUUGGAAAGGUGCAGAGGGACUUUAUGAACCGCCAUAACCUGCUCAAGUGGCUCGGGUUGUAUCCAAGGUCGGUCAGCAAUAUUGCUGUUGCCUGA